AUGACUUACAAGAAUGAUCAGAAAUACAGAGCUAGCAGCAGUAGCGGCAAGAAGGCCAGAGAGGCCGCCCAGGAGAGCGCAGAAUGCCGGCGGCACGGCUACACCAUGACGGAUAAAACUCUCGGUACCGGGGCCUAUGCUAAGGUCCGACUGGCUAGGGUUGGGGAGAAGAAACUGGAGAAGUGCGCCAAGCUCAAGCAGGAUCUCAAUGAGAAGGGCCAUGACAUGGUGGCCAUCAAGAUUAUCUCUAAGAAGCAUGCACCCAGUGAGUACAUCCACAAGUUCAUGCCUCGUGAGAUUGAUGCUUUAAAGGUUACAUACAAGCAUCCACAUCUGAUUCAACUUUACGAAGUAUUUCGUUCCGAGACGCGCAUCUUCCUCGUGAUGGACUACGCCCCCAACGGCGACAUUCUCUCCUACAUCAACGAAUGUGUGCUGGAGACGGGAUGUGCCGUCAAGGAGGAGACGGCCCGACGGCUGUUUAAGCACAUCAUAAGCGGCGUGGCGCAUUGCCACCAACUCAACGUUGUGCACAGAGAUCUGAAAUGUGAAAACAUAUUGCUGGAUGAAAACGACAAUGUAAAAAUCUCAGAUUUCGGAUUUGCUUGUCGUUUCCCAACCAAUCGAUGCAACAUGUUGUCCACAUUCUGCGGGUCGUAUGCAUACGCGGCACCAGAGAUCCUGUCAGCUAGAAACUACGACGGGAAACUCGCAGAUAUUUGGAGUUUAGGUGUUGUUCUAUACGCAAUGGUGAAUGGACGUCUGCCAUUCAAUGAUCAGAACCUCAACACACUUCUGGAACAAACCCGUCGAAAACUGAACUUCCAACCUUGGGUAUCUUCCGACUGUGCCGAUCUGAUCCGUAGAUUACUAAGGACGCGUCCACUGACGAGACUCCGUAUGCACGAGAUCAUCGCACAUCCAUGGGUUCGCAAAAACCUCAACACUAAGAAUCUAACAGCUUUUCCCUCCAGCCAGGCCUUCCUAAAAGUCAUACAGGAAAGUUCUGAUGAGAAUUUGACCGGUAAAGCAGACAAGUACGCCAGUCUCAAAGAACCAACGCUUGUCCUGAAACCUAACGGCAAAACAGUUCGACUGGACCCCAAAGCCGACACAAAGACUAUAACGAAAGAUAAAGAGGAACAAGCCAGUAAGCCAGCGGCUCGACACCACCAGAGUGUACACUUUGUGCCUUCACCCGAGUGCCCACAUCAGAAGAGUCCAAAGCCAGACACACCCCCAAGUUGCACUUCAACCAAGAAAGCAACCCCAACAAAUAAGACGGCUGACAGCACCCGCAUCAAAAACUUAUAUCGUCGCAUCCUCAAGCCGUCCUUGGGCACUGAGUACGUCUUUGAAGUUGUCGAGAAUGAGCAGGAGCAGGAGCGACUGAUUGAGAAGAGGCUACGGAUGAAUGCGUGGGGCAAAAGCCCUCCUCCCAAGACCCCUCGCCGGAUCUUGGACACCAGGAAGCAGAUCCGGAAAGCAGUCCAACCAGGAGCUUCAUCACCUCAAGCAUCCUCACCCUCACCCAGGGUGACCAAGGCAUACGCCCCGACCCAGACUAUGUCUGAUACAACGAAUGAUAGCCUGGCUGGUUAUACAACCACCUUGGUACCUGUGGAUAUCAGGGAGAAAAUCUACAUGCGACCAAGCAGAGAUGGGUCUCCUGGAGAGCGGGAAUCUAUCACCCGUAUACGGUACCGUCUGGGGUUGUCUCCAACACCAACUCCAACUGGACAGGCAGAUCGGAAGAAGUACUCAGCGAGUGAGCCUGCUAGUUUGACGACUGGGAAGAAGCCAGGGGUGUCCAAUUUCAUUCACGUCCACGGGAAGACGGAGCUGUGGAAGAGGGCACUCCGCGGGACGCUCCAGAAGGAAGCCAGCAAGAAGAACGACCUGCGGUUAGAGUCUCCGAGCCCGAGGGCCAGCCCGGUCACGGCGUCUGGUUCGGCAAAUGGUGGCAGUAGUAAGUUCAAGGCAAAGAUGCGUGUUCUGGCAAGAAGGAACUUACUGAACCGCAUCAUGCUGAAGCCAGAGCCGGAGGUGCGAACAAGUGAGCUCCUUAAUCAGCUACAGAAGAAUCUUCCACUACUUAGUGAGACAGUUGCUGUCUAAGAGGAAGCUUAGGGUGGGGUUUACUGUCUAGAGUACA